AUGGCAGACUUUGCUGGUGCUGCGCACCAGCUGUCUGCACGGGCAACUCAGGAUAAUCCGAGUUCGGCACCACAGACAGCGUCCGGCUUGCUUUCCACGCUGAUUCCCGCGUUGAUUUCGUUUGUGGUGAUGGUGGUAUUGUUCAUCGUCCUUCGUCGAAAUUAUCGCCGAACGUACAUGCCUCGUACCUAUAUCGGCACUCUGAGACCAUGGCAACGCACUCCAGACUCUCCCACUGGUCUGUGGAAUUGGAUCAUCGCUAUGUAUAAACUACCCGACACUUACGUCCUGCGCCACCACUCGAUGGAUGCUUACUUGCUCCUUCGAUUCCUGAAAUUGAUCUCCGGUCUGAUGCUGGUGGGCUGCUUGAUCACCUGGCCCAUUCUCUUCCCCGUCGACGCCACAGCCAGUGGCGGGGAGACACAACUAAAUAUCAUCACCAUCUCUAAUCUCUUGCCGCCUGAUUAUGCACGCUACUUUGCACACUGCCUCGUCGCGUGGGUCUUUGUUGGUAUCGUGUUCUACACCAUCACUCGUGAACACAUCUUCUUCAUCAAUCUGCGGCAAGCGUAUCUCUUCGCGCCUGCAUACGCAAAUAGAUUGUCCUCGCGCACCGUUCUUUUCACCACCGUUCCCGAUGAAUAUCUCAGCAAAGAGAAGAUCAUCGCAAUGUUCGGCCGCUCCAAGGUCAAGAAUGUCUGGAUCGCGACCAAGACCUCCGACCUGGAGGAUAAGGUCAAGGAGCGCGACAACGCGGCAAUGAAACUGGAAGCUGCCGAGACCAAACUCAUCGUCAUGGCCAACAAGGCCCGCAACAAGCAGCUGAAGAAGGAGGGCAAUCUCGAAAAUGCCCACGGCGUGGAUGAGACAGUGGGGGAUUUCGACGAUGAGUCUGGCUCCGUGGCGGCUCGCUGGGUGAGGCCAAAGGAUCGUCCCACCCACCGCCUGAAGUUCUUGGUUGGCAAGAAGGUCGACACCAUCAAUUGGGCUCGCUCCGAGAUCGAGCGCCUGAAGCCUGAGAUUGAAGAACUGCAGGCCAAGCACCGUGCGCAUGAAGUCGACCUGGUCUCUUCUGUCUUCGUUGAAUUCCAUCAGCAGUCCGAUGCGCAAGCGGCAUAUCAAACCGUGGCGCACAACCUACCUCUUCACAUGGCGCCCCGUUAUAUCGGCCUGGAUCCCACUCAAGUCAUCUGGUCUAACCUGCGCAUCAAGUGGUGGGAGCGUGUGAUUCGUGUCUCCGCAACCAUUGGCUUUAUCACCGCUAUGAUCAUCUUCUGGGCCAUUCCUACUGCCGCAGUGGGUGCCAUCUCCAACAUCCAAGCCUUGACCGACAAAGUUCACUUUUUGCGGUUCAUCUUAAGCAUUCCGCCUUGGAUUCUGGGUGUGGUUACCGGCCUUUUGCCAGUCGUGCUGAUGUCUAUCCUCCUGGCCCUGGUGCCCAUCAUUCUUCGUCUGAUGGCCAAAUUGUCCGGUGAACCCAGUCUAGCGGCCGUGGAGUUGCAAGUUCAAAACACCUUUUUCGCGUUUCAAGUGGUGCAGGUCUUCCUGGUUGUGACUCUAUCUUCCGCCGCUACCAGUGUGGUUACCUCCAUCAUCAACGACCCUACUUCUGCUCCCAAACUUCUUGCCAACAAGCUCCCACACGCGUCCAACUUCUACAUCUCUUACAUCAUCCUACAGGGUCUUUCCUUCAGUUCUGGUGCACUUCUGCAGAUCGUUGGCCUGAUUGUGGGCAAGAUCUUGGGCACACUUCUCGACAAGACCCCGCGCAAGAUGUAUAAUCGCUGGUCGAGCCUCGCCGGCCUCGGCUGGGGUACCGUAUACCCUGGUGUCACCCUACUCGCCGUCAUCGCUAUUGUCUAUUCUUGCAUUGCUCCCCUUGUCAUGGGCUUUGCCACUAUCGGCCUUUACCUCUUCUACUUCGCCUACCGCUACAAUUUGCUCUAUGUCUCCAACGGUGAUAUUGACUGUCAAGGUCGUAAUUAUGUCCGUGCUCUGCAGCAACUCACUGUCGGAUGUUAUCUGCUCAUGGGCUGCUUGAUCGGUUUGUUUGCCAUCGGUGUCGGUUCCGCUCAUAUCGCCCUGGGACCUCUGAUUCUGAUGAUUAUUUUCCUCGUCUUCAUCGUGCUCUACCAUGUCUCGUUGAACGCUGCUAUGGAGCCACUCCUCAACUAUCUGCCCAGGAACCUCGAGCACGAAGAAGAGGCCCUUCUCGCUCAAGAUCGCAAGCAUCUUGCGGUUGAUGAGUCUGCGUCCGAUCGUGUUGGUGAUUCCUCGGCCUCGAAAUUGAACAACGGUGCGUCUCAUGCAGACUCUGGGGUUGGCACCAUCAACGAUACCAGCGCCGAAAAGGGCAUCGCCGAUGGGCCCUUACCAACACAACAAGAGAAGCAGCCCAACUUCAUCACGAGAUGGUUGCGCCCGGAUAAGUACGACAGCUACGCUUACCUCCGUCAGUACGUUCCUUCUGCGGUGGACCCACCCGCGUACUCUCCCGAGGUUGAGCGUAACGCCUACUACCACCCCGCCACCGUUGCUCAGACCCCUCUGAUCUGGAUCCCUCGCGAUCCCGCCGGCGUCAGCCGACAGGAGGUUGCUCAUACCUCUCGGGUCACCGCCUGCUCAGAUGAGGAUGCUUGGCUGGACGAGAAGGCCAAGAUCCAGUGGAACGUCGAAUCGGGUCGUCCUCCCAUCUUCGAGGAAAAGCCUGAAUACUAG